GCAUGAAUCUGCGACGACUGAAUUGGGGCCAACCUCCAAAAGGUCCUUAUCGCCCCUCUCUCCCUUGUCUCUCGCCAAGUUUGUCGUCAGUUUGACUCGUCUCUUCUUUCUUUCUUUUCUUCUUAUGCCCGUCUCGUCCGUGGUCUGUUCCUUGCUACCAUCAUCCCAACAUUGUUGCUCUUCUUCAACAAGAGAUCGUGACCACAAUCGUCAUUGCGCGCAUCAUCUGUCUGAUCCGACGACGAACUGGACCGGCGGACCCGCCAUGCCGGCUCUCCCCCGACAAUGAUCAAAGCUCAGCAGCUUCGGCAAUGGAUGCCCCUGCAGCGCAUCGUCCCCGUCCGGCUGCGCUUCAUCCUCGUUCCCGCGCUGGUGUGGUUCGUACUCGGUACCGUCUUCCUCGCCUCGCGCCACGGCAGCCGCCUCGCCGGCCUCGUGCCCCUGACGGGACAGCACCUCUUUGGUGUCGGCUCGUCGAGUACCCAUCGUCUGCCGAACCCGACGACGUUGCGCAAGCUCCCCUCGCGCGUGGCGUGUCGGGGCCCGAGAGGUCGUCUCCUGUCGCACAGCCCGGACGAUGACCUGCAGUACGCUGAUCUGCGCGACACCGGUACGAGCCUAAUUCUUGCCCCCCUCCUCCCUUCCAAUGCGACCUUGACGUUGCCGUACAUUGCCUGACAGCAGCGGCUUCCAACAACAGCGUACCCCGUCCCCUUUGUCGGCUCGCAGCGCGAACUCGGUCUCGACCAGACGUGGAUGACGGCCGACGGACGAUACGGCCCGUACGGCUUCGGCGAGGAAGAGAAGGGAUAUAACCGCUCCCGCGUCGAGUGGGACAAGAUCGACUGGGGCAAGCUGCAGGACGAAUGCCUCGCGCUCAACGCCAAGCGAUUCCCGCAGGUCCCCCCCACGGCGCGCCUGCGCAACGACGUGCGCUUCACAAUCACCAACUUUACGCAGCUCGCGAGCAAGACGCCGACGUGGGACGCCUUCAACAGCACCCGCAGGACGGCGCUCGUGGUGCGCAGCUACGCCGGCUUCAAGUACAAGCCCGAGGACCUGUGGAACCUCCGCUCGCUCAUCGUCGAGGCGGCGCUGCGCACGGGCGGCGAGUACGCCGUCGUGCUGCUCGUCGACGUCCAAGACGAGGACAAGAACAUCUUCGAGUCCAAGGCCAACUACGACAAGGCCCUUGCGGCCCUCGACAUACCGCCCGAGCUGCGGUCCAUUGCCGUGCUGUGGGACGACAGCCUGCUCAAGUCGUGGUACGCGGCCGUCGAGGAACACAGGACAAUGUGGGCGGUCAACCAGCCGCUGCAGCUCUUCGCGCUGCAUUAUCCCGAGUUCGACCACUACUGGCAACUUGAGCUCGACCAGCGCUUCACGGGCGACGCGGGCCAGUACCUCGACACGGUGUCGAGGUUUGCGCGCAACGAGCCGCGCAAGCAGGCGCUCGAGCGCGCCACGUACGCCUUCAGCGAGGAGAUACACGGCACGUAUCGCGACCUGACGGAGCAGGUCAACGCCGUCAACAAGGGCCAGUCGCGGGCCUGGGGUCCGGUGCGCAUCCCGGACAUCGAGCCCAUCGGGCCGGUGCCGCCCAUGGAGCGGCCCGAGGACGACGACUUCAUCUGGGGCGUGGGCGAGGACGCCGACGUCAUCGUCACGAGCUUCUGCGCCGACGUGCGGCAGGUCGAGUGGGUGUUUGGCAACUACAUCAGGGGCUUCGAGAAGGGCGAGGAGACGCCGCGCUGGUGGUGCCCGCCGGCCGUGAUGCGCGCGAGCCGCACGCUUCUGCUCUCGGUGCACCAGGCGCAGCACGACAAGGGCAUGAGCCUGCCGAGCGAGGCGGUGCUACCGACGUGGGCGCUCUGGCACGGCCUCAAGCUCAGCUACCCGCCGCAGCCGGCCUACAUGCGCCCUCACGAGCCCGAGUUCGAGGACUUCAAGGACGACUGGGUCCGCGACCCGGCGCGCUGGCUCAACACGACGACGACGCCGUGGUUCGGCAACGACCCUGCCCACUCCGAGGACGGGCUCUCGCACGGCAACCCCCAGAGCUUCGCCGACCGCGGGCUCACCUGGUGGUGGACCGCCGCCUGGCCGCGCAACAUCAUGGACGUGUGGUUCGCUGGCGAGACUCACGACAAGAUGCCCAGCAUGCUGCGCGUGCACGACGGCAAGGUGUAUAUCCCCAACAUGGCCAUGCACCCCGUCAAGUCAUGAC